CUUCUCCUCCAUCAGGCUGACGGGCACGCGGCGCGCUCAGAACAAAGUGCAGUCAAAGUCUUCAAAAAGUCCUGAGGACAGUGCGGGAGUUCUGGGACGGUUCGGGUGGACGACCCGGUCCGGGAUUUACUGAGUGUGGUGUGUUCCGGCGGCGGAAGGAGCCCAUGAGGACCAGAGACCCGGAUCAGUGAGACGGGACAGACCCGGACUCAUGAAGCCGAAGAUCAUGGCGGAGGGUCCCCGCUGCAAGAGGCGCAAACAGGCCAACCCCCGCAGGAAGAUCCACGUCUUGAACUAUGACAGCGUGUUGGAGACACCUUCAGAGACAGAUGAGGAUGACCGGACACUGCUGUCUGAAGACCCCAGCUUCACAGGAGGAGGAGGAGGAAGAGGAGGAGGAGGGGACUGUGAGGAAGCAGACAGCCCGAUUUGUGGGCCCGCUCUGGAGGCAUUGCCCCAAGUUGCUCAGGCCCUGCCAUCUCCACAGGAGUACUGCGAGGACGGAUGUCUUGAGAGUCAGCUGGACAGCAUCUGUGAGCUGGACGACUACUUCCUCAAACCUAAACUGGAGGACAGCAUCAGUCACCUGCCGACCAUGGAUGAAUACCUGCAGCGCAGCGACACUGCCAUCAUUUACCCAGAAGCCCCGGAGGAGGCAACAAGACUGAGCACGCCUGAGGCCACUGGUCAGGAGGAGGGGGAUCACGACCUGCCGCUCAGCGCCACAGACGACUUUGCUCAGCUGCUCACGUGUCCCUACUGUGAACGUGGGUACAAGCGUCUGACGUCGCUGAAAGAGCACAUCAGAUAUCGCCAUGAGAAGAUGGAGGAGAGCUUUACCUGCCCGCUCUGCACCAACGCCUUCGCCCAGCGAGCUCAGCUGGAACGUCACAUGACCUCUCACAAGCCCGCCAUAGAACAGCCGCCGCUGCUCAGCGAAGGAGCUGCCAACCGCAAGUUCAAGUGCAACGAGUGUGGAAAAGCUUUCAAGUACAAACACCACCUAAAGGAGCAUCUUCGUAUUCACAGCGGUGAGAAACCGUACGAAUGUUCCAACUGUAAGAAGCGCUUCUCCCACUCCGGGUCCUACAGUUCCCACAUCAGCAGCAAGAAAUGCAUCAGUUUGAUUGCUCUUAAUGGACGAACACGUAACGGAAACAAGCCUGGCUCUUCCCCAAACUCGACAACCUCCUCACCUGGAAGCCCCGCCCUCGCUAAUUUUCAGCACAAACUAGAAAAUGAGCAACCGCUUGGCCCAUCGGAUCUGCCAGGAUCACUGAACAUCAAAGCCGAGCCAAUGGACUUCAACGAGUAUCGGCUGCUGAUGGCGUCGCAACAUGGGAUUGGGAGACCAGUGGUCUACCUAAACGGUCGAAGCAGAAGUCCCAUGGACAUCCAGGAGACACCCCUUCAAAAUCUGGGAGGUAUGGGACUUGAUCUGUCUCUUCUGGGUUACACAGGACCUCUUGGGAACAACCUGAGUGAGGUCCAGAAGGUACUUCAGAUCGUAGAUAAUACUGUGUACAGGCAGAGGAUGCAUGGUAACCCUGAGGAGAUAUCCAAGUUCAGAGCCUACAUGAAGGAGCUUGAGGCCCAAAUGGAGGCCCAAACUGGUUUUCAAACGAUGGGUCAAUGUAGCCCCACCAAGAGCAUCAUUGACUACACACUGGAGAAAGUCAUUGAUGCCAAGAAUCUGAUCAAUGAGUCCAAGAUGCAAAUUGAUGUUAAAAAACAGAAAUCUUUUGAUUUGAUCAGUAAAGCGAAGUCCCUUGAUGGACAGAACCAGUUCCUGUCGUUUUCCUGUCAAUAUUGCAAGGAAACCUUUCCUGGGCCCAUCCCACUUCACCAACACGAGCGCUAUCUGUGCAGAAUGAAUGAGGAGAUCAAAACAGUCCUUCAGCCAGCAGAAAGCAGUCCUGCCAGCUGCAGAGGGCUGAUGGCUAAUGAACUGUCUUCUACUGAGAGGGAAACCAGUCCCACCAGUUCAUUGAAGAAGCACAUGUCAGUGCUCAAUGGCUACUUUUCCAUGAACACUGAACCCAACUCUGAGGAAUUGCUCAAGAUUUCACUCGCUGUUGGCCUUCCUCAGGAGUUUGUCAAGGAGUGGUUUGCCAAGUCAAACAGUCAGAACUAUUAUAUGGACAGUUUGAGGACAAAGUUGUCCAUUCCUGGCCACUGUGAACUAGACCACAGCUUAAGCCAAUCUCCCGUCUCACUUCUUGCCAUAAAUUUACAUGAUGAUGUCACUAACAACAAUGCUGCCCACAGACUUACAAAGGCCAACCAGUUUACAACCAACACACAAACAAAAAGGGAAAAACCACUAGACCCCACAGACCUCUUGAAGAACAACACUCUGUCACCCUUAAACCUUUCAUCCACCUCAUCCAAAAAUUCCCAGCUUACGUCUUCCACUCCAAACAGCCUGGAAGCCCAUGGAGACAUACCCCUGGAUUUGUCUCUGCCCAAACACAUGGCACAGGAAAGACUUGGACCCAAUGGUUUCAUCAAUGGACCCAACAGGGAGCUAUCAGGACACCAACAAGAAUUUGGGCCUUUAGAACUUGUCAACAUCAAGAAGGAGGAUCUAGGUUCAGAUGGGGGAAGUAACUCCAUCCACCAGCUGGGGAAGAGCACCAGCCCCAUCUUUGGGAAUAAUCCCUUUGCUGCUGGCCCUGUCUACACCUCCCUAUCACCUCACAGAGUUUUUCCUCCACCCACUUUCAUAAAUCAUUCUCAGACUGCCAUCCCAGGCCUCAGGCCCUACCCAGGUCUUGAUCCUAUAGGCUUCCUGCCCCACAUGACCUAUACCUAUUCUGCAGGAGCUACAUUUGCCGAACUGCAGCAGAGGAGAAAGUACCAGCGAAAAUCAAUUUUCCAGGGGGGGCUGUUGGACGGGACGAUGGACCCUCUGUCAGACAGCGACUCUCUGCUCUCCAGGAAGAAGAUUAAGAAGACUGAAAGUGGUACGUACGCCUGUGACUUGUGCGACAAAACAUUCCAGAAGACCAGUUCCCUCCUAAGACACAAAUAUGAGCAUACAGGUAAACGUCCACAUCAGUGUCAGAUCUGUAAGAAGGCCUUCAAACACAAACACCACCUGAUCGAACACUCACGCCUACACUCUGGAGAGAAACCCUACCAGUGUGACAAGUGCGGCAAACGCUUCUCUCACUCGGGCUCGUACUCGCAGCACAUGAAUCACCGCUACUCCUACUGUAAGAGGGAGGCUGAGGAGCGUGAGGCAGCCCACAGGGAGGCUAGAGACCAGGGAGGUCUGGAGCCUACAACGCUGCUGAUGAGGAGAGCCUACCUGCAGGGGCUGGAGCCGCUUGGAUAUUCAGAUCCUGAGGACCAGCCAGAGGAUUCCAGCAGUACAAUCCUCAUGGGAGGAAGAGAGGGAGGAGGAGGGCAGGAGGAGAUGGAGGUGGACAGUAAGGUGCUGGAGGAGGUGACGGAUCGGCAGGAAGAAAGUUUCAUGAUAACAGAGGAAGAGGAGGAGGAGCAGGAGGAGGAGAAUGACAGCAGGAGCCAGUCAGUUAUGGAUGAGGAGACACAAAACUUGAUCCAGCUGACGGACCAACGUUCAGAAGAAAAGACAGAUGGCAGGUCAGACCAGGAAGACUGA